CGAAAAAAAUUGGAAUUUCAAAUCGAUGCUCCUCAGCAUUGUUUACAUUUAGUGGCGCCUCGCAGUUAAAAUCCCCGUUUAAGCCCUGAAAAUAAUCGGCGCGAUGAAUCGGACGAUCACAACCACAAUUUGCAACGUUUGCAAUCAAGCAAUUCGUGCGGAAAUGUUCGUUCAGCACUUGCGAAAGUGUGAGAAAGAAAAUCACUCCACGGAAAAUGUUGGGAUCAAAACCUACAAAGAAAACAACUUUUGGAUCCACGAAAUAAGCACCACGGGCACGCCAGAUACGAGUUUCCUCAAAUCCGAGACGAGUUUCUUCAAAACCGAGCCAAUCACAAAGACAGAAUACUCCUUUGAAGUACAGGAACCCGACGAAGAAGCUUAUGAGGAGGAAAUUUUACCGGAAGAAUAUGAGGAAAUCGAACCCGAGUUCGAGGAAGAAGUGCCCGAAGACAUUGACGAAGACGAAGUAAUCCCGGAGGAGAACGACGACGACACCCAAGUCUAUGAAAUCCUCUAUUUAGAGCAAGAAGACGACCCCAACAACGAUUGCAUCGAGUAUCAGGUGAUCGAAGAGCAAGUUGUCGACGACAGAACGCAACUUGUGUUCGAUCACGAUGAACAAAAAUACGCUGUCGAGGAAUUUAUUCAGUCGAUGAACCAAGUUGAGCUCAUCGAGGAAGUCAAUUCCGAGGAAAUUGAGAAACAAGACUUGAACAAGAACAAUUUUCAGUGUCAACGAUGUCUCAAAUGCCUCGGCUCGAAAUUUUCCCUUGAUCGACACAAUAAAAUUUGUGACGCUCGGAUCAAAAAAUUAACUUGUAAACAAUGUGGUAAAUACUAUAAAUUGCAAAAACAGCUCUCCAGACACAUAAAUGAGGCACAUGGAGUCCCAAUUCCGUGCGAAAAGUGCGGAAAACCCUUUUCCCGAAAGUCAAAUAAGGAUCGUCACAUCGAAACUGUGCACAAAACCACCCCUUUAGAAUUAAAAUUAGAAUCCUGUUAAAAAGUAAAU